UAAGCUGAAGGUGGUUUCCCGGUGAGAUGAAAUGGAAAGGAAAAACAUGAUAGAAAGAAACAUUGCCUAAGAGGCAGCCACGGGCUUUAACAGGUGUUCAGAUUCUUGUGGAAUGAAGAGUGUGAGUGAAGCGACUGGGGGAUAAUCCGUUUCAUCAUCAUCAUCGUCGUCAUCAUUGCCUCUUCUAGUUUCUGAUGAUUGCCAGCAUUCCACAAGGCCACACCUUUAAGGAUCUUGAGUGAUUAUUACAAUGGAAGAAAGCAGUAAUUUCAAGACACCAAGCAAGUUAUCUGAAAAAAAGAAACCUGCAUUGUGUUUAACUCCAUGUAUAAACAUUCCUGCCUCUCCGUUUAUGCAGAAGCUUGGCUAUGGUACUGGAGUAAAUGUCUACCUUAUGAAAAGAUCUCCAAGAGGUUUGUCUCAUUCUCCUUGGGCUGUGAAAAAGAUUAAUCCUAGAUGUAAUGAUUAUUAUCAGAGUAUGUAUCAAAAGAGACUGACUGAUGAAGCUAAGAUUUUGAAAAGCCUUAAUCAUCCAAAUAUUAUAGGUUACCGUGCUUUUACUGAAGCCAGCGAUGGUAGUCUGUGUCUUGCUAUGGAAUAUGGAGGUGAAAAAUCUCUGAAUGACUUAAUAGAAGAACGAAACAAAGAUAGCCAAGAUCCUUUUCCAGCAGCCAUAAUUUUAAAAGUUGCUUUGAACAUGGCAAGAGGGUUAAAGUAUCUGCACCAAGAAAAGAAACUGCUUCAUGGAGAUAUAAAGUCUUCAAAUGUUGUUAUUAAAGGUGAUUUUGAAACAAUUAAAAUCUGUGAUGUAGGAGUCUCUCUACCAUUGGAUGAAAAUAUGACUGUGACUGACCCAGAGGCCUAUUACAUCGGCACUGAGCCUUGGAAACCUAAGGAAGCUCUAGAGGAAAAUGGUAUUAUUACUGACAAGGCAGACAUAUUUGCCUUUGGCCUUACUCUGUGGGAAAUGAUGACUUUAUCUAUUCCACACAUUAGUCUUCCAGAUGAUGAUGAUGAAGAUAAGACUUUCGAUGAAAGUGACUUUGAUGAUGAAGCGUACUAUGCAGCCUUGGGAACUCGGCCACCUAUUAAUAUGGAAGAAUUGGAUGCAACGUACCAGAAGGUAAUUGAGCUCUUCUCUGUAUGCACCAAUGAAGACCCUAAGGAUCGCCCUUCUGCUGCGCACAUUGUUGCCGCUUUGGAAAUGGAUGUCCUGUGAUCACCUCACACUCAUGCCUACCACAGCUUCAAAAGUAUGGUUCGGGUGUAUAGCUGUUCUGUUUACCAUAGUACAUUUAUAUCGCUACCAUGAUGAUCCAUAACUGUUAGGCUGUUUGGAAGUAACCUGUUUUAGGACCAUAGAUAACACCUUGAUAACAUUUGAACAACUAUUUUUAUUAUAAAGGUAUUACAUGUAUGCUUACACUGAUAAGCAUUUGAGAUUGUAGAGGGCUUUCUAUAAAAGUUUAAGAAACUAGCUACUCAAGUAUUUGAACUUGUUUAUACAGAUUUAAAACACUAGCAAUAAAGUGCUGUAAUCUCUGAUGUCUAACAUCUGGAUUAAGUGACCAUUAUUUUUAUUAAUGCUCUUUCUCAUUCUUUUAAUGGAGCUAUUGAAAUUAGCACUUUGUAUAUUACAAAAUAAGUCUACAUUUGCUUUUUUAAAACAUUAAACCUUUUGCUGGUCUUUCCUGGUUAAUGUGCUUAUUAACUAUGGUCACUGAGACUAAGAGACCUGGGAUAUGGCUUGAGGGAGGAGCUUCUUGGUUAUCUCCAGAUAUUCUUGGUUAAGGCUUGUCUUGCUUUCUUGGCUCUACCCAGAUCUUUAGUUUUUGCUCUAUUAAAUAUAUUUUCUGUACUGAUAGCUUUUAAAUGUUUUAAUUUACUAAUCUGUAUCAUAUGCAUUUCAUAGUAUUGUAAAAAUAAAAUUCUAACAGAAUAUAGAAUAAAGGACACUUUAGUUACCAGAAAA